AUGGCCACAAAUAACUAUUUUGGGUUUCCGCAUGCAGCGACACAGUACAGUACCACUGCCACUGGGGCGGCUUACCCGACGACACAGACGGGUUACGCUGUAGCUCCGGCUCCGGCACAGGCUGCUGCCACGUACGGAACUGCGCGUCCGGCGGGCUACGACCAGGCCUAUCAGGCGGCAGCUACACCAGGCACCUACGCAACCACGGCAACGGCAGCAACGUACGACUACGGUUACGGGCGCACAACGCAGACGUACGACACAACGAAGACAUACUAUCAGCAGACGCCCGGUGCAACGGCUGGAUACACUGCUCCGGCCGGGUACGACACGACCGGUGCCGCCCCGAAGGUGAUUGCCGGCUUUCAACCGGCACCGGCACCGACACCUUACGCGCAACCUAGCGCACGGGCAACGCUUCAGCCGGCAAAACCUGCCAACCAGUACGCCGGACAUCCGCAAGCGCAGGCACAGGCACCACAACCACAGACUUAUGUGCCGCAAACGACGGGUUACUCGCAAACCGUGACCACCGUUCACACGACCCCGAAACCGGCUUCGGUAGUGGCCACCGUCACGCCACCGAAUAGUGCAACCAACUAUUCCAACUACGAAACUGCACUGUACAGUGCCACUACUAUGUAUGUUACACAACAGCAGCAGCAGGGACCGACCACCACAAAAGCUCCCCUCGGUUCGGUUGGCCCCACUGGUGGCCCACCGGCUAUGGCGGUUCCGGGCGGGGCCGUUAUUGGUGGUCAAACUGGCGGUGGUGGACCGGUAGGUGCCACCGGUGGCGGUGGUUGGCAAGGCUACAAGAAGGCUGGCGGUGGAGGCAUGCAGGGUGGUCCGUUCAAGGCACGUAAGCCAGCCCCGAAACCGCUGCUCAUCCACUAUUGCGAUGUCUGCAAGAUAAGCUGCGCGGGACCGCAAACUUAUCGCGAACACCUCGAGGGCCAGAAGCACAAGAAACGCGAACUGUUGGCAAAGCAAGCGGCAGAACCGGGCGGUACGGCUCCGGCACGGCCGCCAAACAGUUUGCACUGUGAGCUGUGCGGUGUCACGUGCACCGGCAAUGAUGCUUACGCUGCGCACGUGCGUGGGGCAAAGCACCAGAAGGUGGUGAAGCUACACACGAAGCUCGGCAAACCGAUUCCUGCUUGCGAUCCGACACCGAAUGCUGACGAAAAGAAGGCAGCCAAUGCUGGCGGUGUCGGGGGCUCCGCUGGCGAGGGCACUGAGCACGCCGACGGUGGUGGGGCCAGUGGUGGAACCGGAGGCGUGGUUGGGGCAGAAUCGUCUGAAGAGUCCGUCCGCCCGGUGGGCAGCGAGUUCAUCGAGGAGAUCAAGGACGACGAAGGAAAGCUGGUGAGCUUCAGCUGCAAGCUGUGCGAGUGCAAGUUUAACGAUCCCAACGCGAAGGAGAUGCACAUGAAGGGGCGUCGCCACCGGCUACAGUACAAGAAGAAGGUACAGCCGGAUCUCGUGGUUGACAUUAAGCCAACGGUGAAGCAAAAAAAGAUUGCCGAAGCGCGCGCACAUCGGCAAGCGAUGCAGGAGGAGUUUUGGAAUCGCCGACGGAUGGCCGAUGCGGAGAUGGAGGAGGAUCACGGAAUGCGCGCGUUCGGGCGCCAUCCGUUCUUCGGUAUGCUGCCCGGUCGGCGCCCGGAAUCGUCCGACGAUCGGCACGUAGUGGCACGUCACGCGGAGAUCUACCCGAAGGAAGAGGAACUGCAGACUAUUCAGCGUAUCGUGUCGCACACCGAGCGAGCGCUGAAGCUGGUGUCGGAUGUGAUGACCAGCGGUGGAGUGUCGGCUGCUGCCGCUGCCGCAGCACCGGCCGAUGGCUCCAAAAAGGAUGCUCCGACCGAGCCGCAGACGAAGGAUCAAACCACUGCUUCACCUCAGCAGUCAUCGCAGCAAGCCGCGACCAGUGGUAAGCCGGAUGCAGCUAAUCAAAUGAUUUCCUUCCAUAAGGAAGCCGAAGGCACGGCCAUUCGUUUGCUGAAAGGGGUAAUGCGUGUAGGUCUGUUGGCAAAAGGCUUGCUCUUGCACGGCGACAAUUGCGUGCAGCUUGUUGUGUUGUGCGCGGAAAAACCCACAACUUCGCUGUUGAAACGCGUCGUAACGGAGUUGCCGAUGCAGCUGAAGAAGAUCGCCGAAGAUCACAAAUACACCGUCACCAUGGCGCCGGUCGAAGGAGCAGUACUCGUGUCGGAUGGGUCGAUUACGGUAAAGAUAUCGCUCACGUCACCGCUGCUGCGCGAAGCUAAUGCAUCUUCAGCGGAGCAGGGUGCUCAAAAUACCGAAGAUCUUCUGCCACGCGAGCCCUGCCUGCAGGCGCUAGCUGCCCUACGUCAUGCGAAAUGGUUCCAGGCUAGGGCAACGGGACUGCAAUCGUGCGUGAUGAUCAUGCGAAUUAUGCGCGAUCUGUGCCAACGGAUACCGAUUUGGAGUCACAUCAGCCAAUGGGCGAUGGAACUGUUGAUUGAGAAAAUAAUCUCAUCCGCCAGCGUUCCGCUAACGCCUGGCGAGUGCUUGCGCCGUGUGAUGGAGGCAAUCUCUUCCGCUGUCCUUAUAAAUGGCCCCGGGCUGCUGGAUCCGUGUGAAAAGGAACCAGAAGAUGCGCUGGCCGGUUUAAGCAAGCAGCAGCGCGAAGACGUUACCGUGUCGGCGCAGAUGUUUCUACGCUACAUAGCGUUCCGACAGAUCUACAAGGUGCUCGGUAUCGAACCGCUGCCACCGCCAAAGUUUGCCGGUAAUCGCAACUGGCGCUUCAACCGCAAGCGCCGACGUUCCGGUGCGGAAGGCAACGAAAGCGAAGCUGAUAGUAAGAUGGUUAAGAAAGAAGAUGUCAAAAUGGAUACCGGUGGUGGCUCUGCUGGCGGGCCAACGCCGAGUACCAGUGGCGCCGGUUUAUCGAUGGACAUAACCACAUCCAAAUAAUGACGGCAGAGUACAACAUAGAAUCUGGUUUGUGCAGCGGAGGGGGUGCUGAAAUGGCAUGAUCGGGGAUCGGUUGGACUGCAACAGGCGAGUGCACUUACUAUAUGCGCGGUGGCUGGGUUAGUCAAAACCCAACGGCAGUAGAACUAGAACUCGGGGCACCACAACUCGUGUGGUCCUCAUAAUAAUACGAUUUUACUCUUUCUCUAUGCUACGAACAUUUUCAUACUAAUUAACAGCCAUUAAAUUAAUCGUCGGAUAAUAAUAACAGUCGAGGCUACCAAACGGUUGAUGUUUGAUGGGUAAUUUUAUAAACCUAACCAUCGGAAUGCCGGUAAAAACGGGGGAGAUACUCUCACCGAGGUAUCUGCUCGUCGAAGUAAUUAAACUCACGCAUCCUAAUGAGGCAACGGAAAGUAUUUAAAACAAAACGAAUCAAUUGAUAUAUUUGUCGCAAACGAGGGCAGCUGGUGCGCCACCACAGUGCAGUAUGCCGACGGCGGCGCUUGCUGGGUGGGACGGACUGCAGAUAGGGAAGCAAAUAAUUUUACUCAGGCAGGUCGGCGGCGGAGCAAGGAAAGUUUAAACUAUAGUGGAAUGAAUUUAUAUCCCGGUUAUAUCUCAUCCACACGUUGUUAGUCAGUAGCGGUGUUGCAACAGCACAUGAGAAACUUUAAAACGUUUCGUACCCGAAUUUAAUUAUCUUCCGAAACAUACUUUAUGUUCCUUUUGCCUUCGUCUGUAGCGAUCGGUUUUCUUCGUGAGGCGUACACGAUUCGAUCAUUCUUAGCUAGCGUGUGUACCGUUAUUCCGGAAAAGAACAGAAACAGUAUGAAACUGUUGAUCAUAACUACAAACGAGCCACACGAAUGGUAUUUAUUGGUUAAUUUAUCUCAUGUAUUGGAACUUGCAAAACCAGCUAUCGUAUGAAACCAGAAUAGCGCUCCUUUCGUAGCGGUCCCUUAAAACCCUAAGAUGUGGAUUUGCGGGGUUGACGGUUACAUAGCGUAGAAAAAAAAUGUGUCCUACAGAAAGCCUCUCCACAGCAUGCGGAGAGUUUGGGAACGAGAAUAUGAGUCCAUUUUACUAGAGGUGCGGCGGAAUAGGAUCUGGCGAUAAAUCAGGACUCUUCUUCUGUCCGAUGUCUUUAGGGCGUGUUGUUGCACCAGGUACAGGAACAGGCUUUAUGGGGCACAAUUUGAAUCAGAAGUUGAGCGGAGAAGCAUUUAGCAACUCCUAUUAGAUAGGACACCGAGUGAAAAGGGGAGAAAGUGGGUGUGAAAGUGAGAAAUAAGGUAGCUCCCCUCUGCUAAUCUGCCACACGAGGCACUAAUUACUGCGCGAUAUGAACAAACACGAUGCUUGGCUCCUCUUUCCAAAGGCCGAGACCGCUGGCGUCUGGCAGUCCAACGAAGGAUAGAAUUUUAACGUUCAAACAUGUAUUAGGCACCAUUAUUCCUCAAUUAUGCAGUGUACGUCAUCCUGAUAGUAAAACGAAGAAAACCAGUAGCACUACAAGCGAUAUAACACGUA